CAGAUCACAUGACCCCCUCUCCUCCAGACUGCAUGCAGUUUGGUAUUAAAAUGUUUUCAGUACCACCAACCAUUGUCUUGUUACACAUUUGAGAUGACAGAUACAUGUUGAGUUGUUUUAACGAAUUGUGACCGCACAUUGAUAACCUGCACUGACAGCACUCCCGGUUAACGAGUGUACAGCUGUUAUUUUUGAGGUUGUGUCCAAAAAAAGUGCAGAGCUCUUGUGGGCAGAAGAAGCUAGCUAACGUUAGGCAGGUCGGACGGCGGCGAGGCCCCAACCGGACGGGAACACGGGGGAACCAUGGCCAACAUCGCGGUUCAGAGGAUAAAACGGGAAUUCAAGGAAGUCCUCAAAAGUGAAGAGACGAGCAAAAACCAGAUAAAGGUGGAUCUGGUGGAUGAGAACUUCACAGAACUUAAAGGGGAGAUAGCAGGGCCACCUGACACACCAUACGAAGGAGGUAGAUAUCAACUAGAAAUUAAAAUUCCAGAGACGUAUCCAUUCAAUCCACCAAAGGUGCGAUUUAUCACAAAGAUCUGGCAUCCCAACAUCAGCUCAGUCACAGGUGCAAUAUGUCUGGACAUUCUCAAAGACCAGUGGGCGGCAGCUAUGACUCUGAGGACAGUCCUCUUGUCACUACAAGCCUUAUUGGCAGCUGCAGAACCAGAUGACCCACAGGACGCAGUGGUAGCCAAUCAGUACAAGCAAAACCCAGAGAUGUUCAAACAGACAGCGAGGCUCUGGUCUCAUGUCUAUGCAGGAGCUCCUGUCUCCAGUCCAGAGUACACACGCAAAAUAGACAAACUCUGUGCCAUGGGCUUCGAAAAAAAUGCAGUAAUAGUGGCGUUGUCGUCGAAAUCCUGGGAUGUGGAAACAGCGACAGAGCUACUGCUCAGUAACUGAAUCUUGACACCCCGUUCAUCUUCCUCUUGAUCCCUAUCUCCCCUCCUCUCACAUACACAUCUUCUCUCCUCUGAAUUUCUGCUUUCUGAAAGCGUCUCUUCCUCUGUCGCAUCCUCUUGUUUCACAGUGGACUCCUCACCUCCGCACUUCCCCUCUUCUCCAUCCCCCUUUUUAUCCCCUCUGUGUGGCAUCUCUCAUCCCCGGUCAUCACCUCGAAUGUACCACACUCUAAUCAGCCGCUCUGUGAGCUUUUAUCUCUGGUUUCAUUAAGUUCAAGCAACGUUCCACUCAGUGCUACAAUCAAAAGUCCAACCACAUCUCACCCCCUUUGAAGCAAAUGCCAGACUUAAGACCCCACCCACGCCUGCCAGUCUCUCAGCUUUCUGGCUGUGUCCAAGAAGUGGCUGUCAGCAGCUUAUCCUUGCCUAUGCAGUGCAUUUACCUUAAUUUGUGUAAACAUUUUGUAGGAGAGAGUCAAGCCAUUCAAGGAGGCUC